CACUGUCUCCUGUCACGUGGUGUCACAUCACAUAUUAAAGAUGCUCUUUGUCUCGUUUCUCUGCAGGAAAUCAACCAAUCCUGUCGUCCACUCCUCUGCAGAUCCUCCUCUACCUCAACUCCUGGUACUUUGCAGCCUUCUACCUGGCAGAGAUUCUCAUGUUCAUCUAUAAAGGGAUUUCUCUCCCGUACCCAUCAGAUAACCUGGUUCUGGACGUGGUUCUACUGCUCAUCUUCCUCGGACUGGAGACGCUCAGGAUCUUUUAUGGUUGGAAGGGGAACCUGUGUGAACGCUCUCUGGCUUCGUGUGCGUCGAUCUUCAUCCUGCUCCCCUGCGGCGCGCUCGCCGUUUACUUCCUGCUGCUGCAGACCUUUGUUCUGCGGCUGGAGUUCAUCCUCAGCGCCGUCCUGCUCUGCUUCUACGCCCUCGAGCUGCUGCUCGGACUCCUCUCCUUAUCUGCUUUCUCCAGGUCCAAAGUUUACUGAAGAACGUUCACCUGAAACAGAACAUGACGACAGAUCAACUGUAAAUAUAAAACACUGCUGUUAAAUACUUCUACUGUUUGAUACCAAACUUUUUAUAAAUGUAUCAGUGCUUUGAUCUUUGUGUAAAUAAAUUCUGGUUCAUUUUA